GCUGCGCCUUUACAUAAACUAUUACAAAGGGAUAUAGAAUUUAUUUGGACUGAUGAACAUGAAGAAAUAUUUAAUUGGCUUAAACAACAAUUAAUUACUCCUCCUAUACUCCAAUAUUCUGACUAUAAUGUACCUUUUAUUCUCUUUACAGAUGCUUCUUAUCAAGGCAUUGGAGCUAUACUUACCCAAAUAAAAGACAAAAAGGAAUAUGUUAUUGCUUAUGCAGGCAGGACACUAUCCCCUGCAGAGAAAAACUAUAAAACUUAUUAUGAUAAAGAUAUAUUAUUUCAAGAAACAUUGCUAAAAAGAGUGUUUGAAAUAGAAGAUUUAUUUGUAAAACAACAAGAAGCUAUACAAAAUAUACAAGAAGCACAAUACAGUCAAAAAGAAUAUCACAAUAAAAAUCUCAAACAUAAUACUUUGAAAAUUGGAGAUAAA